AGAAGUGCGCCUGGCGCCGCAGGGCACACAGCUGACUCUCCGCGCCACCUCCGCUUCGCCUUGCGCCGCCAGACACCGAAGCUUCCUGGACUGAUCGUGCGGGGCUUCAGUACGUCCCUGCUCCUCCCGUAGCCCACCGGGUGGAAGAGGAGCUGCCGGUGCCCCGGAGCACUUGGUCAGUCUCAGGAAACUCUUCCCUAGUCGCAUCCAGCUCGGUACCGAGUAACAUGGUCUGCAAGGCGCUCAUCACCCUCUGCAUCUUCGCCGCAGGAUUGAGGGUACAGGGUUCACCAACACCAACCCUAUUGCCUGUCUCUCUUACGACAAAAAGUACAGCACCUAUGGCCACCUGGACUACCUCUGCUCAACACACUGCUAUGGCCACCACCCCUGUAGCCAGUGCCACUCACAACGCCUCAGUUCUCCGCACGACUGCUGCAUCCCUGACAUCUCAGCUCCCCACUCACCCUAGAGAAGAGGCUGUCACCAGUCCGCCUUUGAAGAGGGAGGUCAACAGCACAGACUCCUCACCUGCCGGGUUCUCCUCAAACAGCAGUGGCAUCCACUUGGCACCCACACCUGAGGAACACAGUCUCGGCAGUCCUGAAACAAGUGUGCCAGCUACUGGGUCACAGUCACCCACACUCCUGUUUUCUCAAGGUCCAACCUCAGCAUCCACAUCCCCAGCAACUUCCCCUUCCGAGCCUCUCUCCGCUUCCGUUACCUCUAACCACAGCUCUACUGUGAACAACAUCCAGCCCACAGGAGCUCCAAUGGCACCUGCAUCACCAACAGAAGAGCACAGUUCUAGUCACACCCCCACUUCCCAUGUCACAGAGCCCGUGCCCAAGGAGAAAUCACCCCAAGACACUGAGCCUGGCAAAGUGAUCUGUGAGUCUGAGACCACCACCCCCUUCCUGAUCAUGCAGGAAGUCGAGAAUGCCUUAAGUUCAGGCAGCAUCGCCGCCAUCACCGUGACAGUCAUUGCUGUGGUGUUGCUGGUGUUUGGAGCUGCGGCAUAUCUGAAGAUCAGGCAUUCCUCCUACGGAAGGCUGCUGGAUGACCAUGACUACGGGUCCUGGGGAAACUACAACAACCCUCUCUAUGAUGACUCUUAACAAAGGAAGGUGGCUGAGGACAAGAAAUAACUGUCCUUUAUUUAUAAGUGCUUAUCCAGUAGAAUUAAUAACAAGUACCUGAUGUACACUGAACGACAAUCGCAAGCCCUCUUUUGUUGGUUUGGUUGUUUUUGCUUUCCUUCCUCUCUCCUCCGGCUGCUACUACAAUGUCCCCCUUCUGGUACAAAAGAACCAUUGCGUAAAGGCCAGCGGAGGCCGAUUUGCAGCUGACGUGGGCCAUCUUUGCACUGACCAAGCCAGAUAUCAUGAGGUGGGGGGGCUGCAGAACCCCUAUCACGGGAACCACUCUGGAAAUGACCUAGGAAAGGGGCUCGGAGUUGCUUGGUUGGGGAUUUAAUUUUAGGUGAUCUUUUGGUUUGGGUUAUUUCUUAAAGUUCUCGACAGGAAAUUACAUUAAAUAUCAGCGAGGAGAAAGGAAUAAAUCCCAGGAGGCUGCCACCCUGUGUGGAAGAAGCAGGGACUUCUUGAUUCCUUUCUAACCCUUGUUUGCCAGGUUGUAUCUGACAGGAUGCCGGCUUAGUCCUAUAAGCAGAUAUACAAUUCUCAGCUGCCUAACAGAUGAAAGGUAAAAGAGGCCUUGCCCAGGAGGAGAGCAGCAGGCAAGGGCAGAGCAGCACAGCAGGCUGUCAGUCAGCAAACUCAACCAGCUCUCCCCAUCCAGGCCACCGGAAGGCGACAGGGAUCCCAACCCGAUAGCUUUCAAGAAAGUUAUAGGUCCAAGAGUGAAGCGGAGAGGUGAUCUUGAAGAACAGGCAGGGAGAGACUGCAGAGACUAAGGGAUGGGGGAAGAAGGGAGAGACGAAAGCUUACAUGCACCAAGGACCCUCUUGAAGCAAGCAGGAGUCGGCUCUCCAUGGUAGUGGGAGAUAUCAAAAUCUUGGAGGAACACCAUAGAACUCUAACCCAUAAAGCAACUGCCUCACUGCCUUGCUAUCUGUGUUGAGUAAUGGCUGUAUGCUAUCCCCUCCCCCCCCAAAAAAAAGCUAAGAGAGGCCCUACUCUAUCUGCAGUUGUUCAUCCAAAGCACUCACUUCCAUAGGAUGGAGACAUCCAGAACUAUCUGUUUGCUCUCCCUAACGCUUAACCUUCCCCAUCCUUCCUUUUAAUACGUAAAUACCCCCAGGCGUGCAGUCUCAACUCCCGUACAACCAGUUCUGAGGAGAGAUCAUCCUUCUUUGUCAGCUCUUUUUCUUUCACUUAUGACCCACCAGGAGGUGUUUGAGUAUCUCUCAUACCACCCCCACCCCCACCCGAGGUGUCUAGUAGCAAUUUUUUUAUUGUGACUUUGUUCCUUGGGAGUGCUAGUUAGGGGUAGAGACUAUGGAUCCUGCUAAACACCCUACCUGGCACAGGACAACCGUCCACUCCGAAGAAUUUCCUAGCUGAAAACAUCAAAGGCUGAGAUUGAGACCAUUCACCGCAAUGCCCUUGUGACGUAAAGCAAACAAACGAACAGGCAUCAGGAAGACCCUUUCAUGUUUAACAAAGUGAAAAAUGGAUUUCUUCCCCCAAAGUGUUUAGUUUGCUGCCCGAUGGGUUGGCUUCUGGUAUGCACUGUUGUUGCCUCAUGUAGGUCGAAGAGAGCUUUAUUACAGGGCUACCCCGCUGUUCUUUUGAAGCAGCUGACACCUAGUAUCUGAAGUCCUGAUUUCAUGGAGGAGGAAAUCUACAUCACAAACUAUGUUACAUUGUCCUGUGAUGUCAGAGGAAACAACUAUCCAUUUUAAUUCCUCAGAUGGAUCUGGCCGCCAUGACUCGGUUGAGGAAAACACUCUCAAUUGCUAUCUUGAACCUCUCCGGUGUAGAGUCCACAGAUUGGGGUACCUCCCACAACCUGCCACGCCAGGCUUUGACGAAAAUCCUUCCUAAAUUUCAGAAGUGCCAAAAGGAGAGAUCAGUCCUGGAAGUUAGCCUGUAAGCAGAGUGGGUAGCAAGGAAUGAGGUUACGGAAAUUAAGAUAUCCCUGAAUAGGAAACACCUGAUACACAGACAGACAGACAGACAGACAGACACACACACACACACACACACACACACACACACACACACACACACUGUGCACAGCAAGGGUAUGCCCUCUGGCCACACUUGGCCUGAACAACUGUCCCUCCUUCCUACCCUGACCCCGGUUCUCCGGUUAGGCGAAGGACAAACCAGUACACACCAGGAUUCUGCACGUCACUGUCCUCCAUCAGUCUAAAACACUUUUGACACAUGACACAAAGCUCUCUAUGAAACACCUUAGGGGAAGUGUACUUCAGAUAGGUAAAAUAAAUCCUAGGCCAGAGGAACCGGCUUCUUCCUAAGCCCUCUUACCUGUUAGAAACCAGAGACACAGCAAGAAAUUUCUCAUACAGAAGGAUGCCAGUGUAUAUGAGCUUGUGAUUGCCAGUGCUCUGAUUAGCCUCUAAUUGCUUUCGGCAAAACACAAAGCUGUCAUAUACAACAAGGUAACCGGCAGUAUCCUCUCAAAGCUCAAGAAUGACCCUAGCCUAUUUACUAUAAAGUGUGUCAGUGUGAGAAUGUACUUUGCCAAAUGUAUUUUUCUGCUUUUGAAUUGGCCAAAAGAUUUCAGUAUAUUUAUUCUACAAACAUUACUACACACACGCAUGCGCAUGCACACACGCACGCACACACACACUCACAUCUGAUAUAUAUAUAUAUGUAUAUAUGCCAAUAAUUGACCUUUACCUCAGGGAGAGUUAGUUUAAAUCUACACAAGGGAAAUUAGUGGUCCCCCUAAGUAGAUCCAAACAGUCAUACCCCAUCAUGGAUCGGUCUGGCCAGAAUGUUUUGGAGAGAAAGUCAGAGCAAAAAGAAAGCUAGGAGCUUCUUCUCCGUGGGCUCUAAACGAUCCAAGAAUGGUAGGCAACUAUGCUUUCUUUCCCCAUGGCCCCGAUGGGCCCCUCUCCUCCCUGCACAUCUGUGUCUUCAUCUAUAAAAUGGGGGUGAUGCUUUCAUAGUGGCCUUACCCCUUCCUACCUCACAGACGUGUUGUGAGGAUUAAUGAAAUUGUGUCUACAGUGUUUUCAACCGGAGAAAAACUAUUUAUGGACACUUCAAGUAUUACGUAGAUAUAUAAGUGAUCUCAGUUUCUUACUUGCUGUUAGACUAGUGUGCUGGUUUUACUUCCUUUAUGAAACUACAGUCAAUGUCAUGGCCACCUCAGAUGGCUAUCAGAGCUCUGAACUUCCCUCCUGUGCACCGGGCUGAUGCAGGUUUAACUGUUCCUGGAACUACAGAGGAUAUCUCCCCUCCAACUGAGAAGAUGGCCCAGGACACAGGUCUCAGAGACCUGCAUUAGGAUCCAGGUCAGGAUGGCACAUGUCAACAUUGCGGAAGAAGGCCUCGGACUUCCACACCCCGAGCUCUCAGAGGACUUAGACUAUGGGCUGAUGCCAUCUAUUUGCCCUUCAUCUUGCUUGCAAGGGUGCAUGGUUGGAUCCUAUGCAUCUUGAAAAAUGAAUUUUGUGAUUGGUCUGGAUGCUAAUUUGCACGUCGAUUCACCUUCUUUGCCUUUAACCUUCUUUUGAGGGCAAAUGGAUGUACCAUUUCAACUUUGAUCUCGGAGGCAUUAGCUCAUAUUGACUCGUUGGCGCAUUGGUCUCUAGGAGUAAGUUAGCCGACGUCGUUUGAAGAUGGGAAGGUGUGCAACUUCUUUGAUAUUUGAUGACGUCAUAUCUGCAUUUGUUGUAAGACAUAUUGCAUACCAAUUAUAACUCUGCCAAUUAAAGUGGUUAAAAGCUUCUGUGUAGCUGUGGUGAUUCACGUUUUGAGAUGUUUUGUUGCCCAGGCUGCUGGGUUUGUUUUUGUCAGUCAUAUUAAACAGCUCUGACUUGUUCUUAAAGAAAUCGUAUCCCUCACCCCCACCCCAUCAAUAAAUAAUAAUUUCUGUAG